GUCGGUGCAAAGCCCCGGAACACCUUCCAUUUGCCAAGCUGGCAAAUGCUACGGACGAGUAUGAGUUUCCCAUCGGGACAUUUCUGAAGUAUGAGUGCCGCCCUGGUUACUAUGGGAGAGGGUUCUUUAUCACCUGCCUACCCAACUCGGUCUGGUCAAGUGCCGAAAACAAGUGUCAGCGGAGAUCAUGUGGAACUCCUCCAGAACCCGCCAAUGGCAAAAUGACUGUAAACGGAGAUGCCCGGUUUGGAUCAACUGUUAAUUACGCCUGUAAUGAAGGAUACCGACUUAUUGGUAAGACCUCUAUUGCAUGCAUCAUCUCAGGCAAGACUGUCACCUGGGAUGACGACCCACCUAUUUGUGAGAGUGAGUUGAAAUAGUCCUUGUUCUUACCUUUUCCA